AUGUCGACAUCAACACCAGAAGAGCUGCUCAAGAAUGCCGAGAAGAAGGCGUCCGCCUCGGGCGGCUGGUUCUCCUCCGCUACCAGCAAGCAGGAGGAGGCGAUUGAACUCUUCAAGGCUGCAGCCAACAAGUUCCGCAUCCAGAACCGGUUUGAAGAGGCCGGCAAUGCCUACAUGCGCGCAGCCGAGACCGAGAUCAAGACGGGCGAAAAAGACUAUGCUGCCAACACGUUCUUUGAGGCCAACAAGUGUUUCCGCAUGAGUCGGCCCGAGCUGGCCGUGGUGGCACUGACGCGUGCGCGCGAGAUCCUUAUCGAGCGUGGACGAUUCCGCCAGGCGGCCGAUCGCGAAAAGGCGGUCGCAGAGCUGUACAAGAACGACGCGGCCGAUCCGGAGAAGGCGCUCGAGGCGUACGAACAGGCAGCAGCCUGGUAUCUGCAAGAAGGCGCCAAUGCCACCGCAAGCGGAUGCUAUCGUGAGGCUGCACAGCUCGCUACCGACCUUGCACGAUACCCACAAGCGAUCGAACGCUGGGAACAGGUUGCAAGCAUGUCGCUCGAAAGCAACCUCACCCGAUACAGCGUCAAGGACUACUACCUCAACGCUGGCAUGUGCUACCUCGCCAUCCCCGAUUAUGUGGCGGCGGUACGUGCGAUGCAGUUCUACGCAGAACAGGAUACCAGCUUCCCAACCACCAUGGAGGGUCGUUUCUUGCACUCGCUCGUCCAGGCAUGCGAGGAGGGAGACCUGCAGGCUUUCGACGGCCGCGUCCAGGAGUACGACCGCACCAAGAAGAUCCAGGGCUGGCAAGCCUCCCUCCUGCGCGCUGUUCGCAAGGGCAUUCAGGACGAACCCGACCUUUCCUAG